UUUUGGUGAAUGCGUGUGAGCUCUCAGAAGGUACGAGUUUGCAGCUCUUGUUCUUGCCCUCGUUUUCCAGCCUUGACGGCAGCUGCGUGCAUACAAGAUGAGAGACACAGGUCAGCAUGAUCCAUGCAUGAGCUUGUGUGUCUCAUUCGUCAUACCUGUCGAGAGCCAUUGGUCAUGCCCCGGGAAGAUCUUGAUGACAGAGGGCACAGGGGAUUGCUUGGCAAAAUGCUUGCUUCUGGCCGAGGAGACUGGGAAUUUGAUGCUCUCGAAGUCGCUGCCGGCAAACCUUGCUAUGGAUUGCGAAGAACUCGAAGAGGUGAACUUCUGGACGACGAAAUGCAUAGGUCACAGCAACACGAGACAAGGGCAGGAGUCAUGAGUUUGCCUCUCUGUUUACGACACGAUCGGCCGGCGCCAUGCAGAAGGAACCGCCGUAUGUGACCGUCAUGAUUCCGGGGUCCUUCUUGCAGUUCCUCUUGGCGUCAUUGGCUGUCUGACAUGUGCCUUUGGCCUUGUCGUUGAGGGCGAUGCCCAUGACUAUCUCGUUGACGACGCACACCUUUCCUUUCCCGCAACCUUGUUUGAUGAGUUUCAUCGUUCUCAUCGAACUUAUUCAACUCAUCGAACAGCUGGAAGCCGUGGAGAUGUUCGACUUUGAGCUUGCCGCCGGAGGCCGCUUCAGUCUCGUGCGUGUUCCGUGAAGGCCCCUUGUGCUUGGUGUGCUUAG